GCUGUUGAUGUUUGAUCACUUCCUGUAUGUUAUGCAACUUGAAGCAUGUGAAGCGGUACAGAAGCAGAGAUGGGCAAGCGCAGGGGAUCAGUGGAUAUCAAGACAGGGUGCAAAAAGCCCAGGAAGCAGCCUGUCAAGAGGAGAAAAGUUAGUCAGGCCAAUGCUGCAGAGCAGGAGGAUAGUAAGGAAGCUGUGUUCGAAGAUGGUAGGGUUCCAACUAAAAAGAGUAAACCUACAGCUUCUGGCGAGCCGUCGUUCGCAGCACGCCCAGGGAAAAAGAUCCUCCGACAAAAAAAAUCAGCAGACAAAGAACUGAAGCAAGAGGACACUGAUCAAGAAAUAAGGGACCUACUCAAGUUGGAAGAGAAAGAUGUUCCAAAUGCAACUGCUAAAGAAGAGAGCGCCUCGGAGGAUGGAGACGACAGCGAGGAUGAGUGGGAAGACGUAGAAGAACUCAACGGGCCUGUAUUGGAUGAUGCCCAAGCCACAACAUCCUUGGAACCUACUCUUCCCACCCAGCCUGUAGAGAUUGAAAUUGAAACAGCCGAGGCAGCCAGGAAAAGACAAAGGAGAGAGAAAAAGAAGGCAGAGUUUGCAGCGUACCUUCGUAGGAUGAUGAACAAGUUCAGUAAGGAGCUUCGGGAAGAUACACACAAGGUCCAUUUACUUUGCUUGCUGGGCAAUGGGUUCUAUCGCAGUGAGACGUGUAACCUCCCUGAUCUCCAGGCUGUGGCCUUGUCUGUUGUGCCAGUUAGGUUUACCAAUAAUGUCCGUGUGGAUCUGACUUAUUUGACAAAUCUAAUAAAGUGGUUUACUGAAACUUUCACCUUAAACCCAGAGAUGUCUGCGGAUGAUGGAGGCUCCCUGUCGACCACAUUGGAACGCAGAUUUGGAGUCUAUGGCGUAAGAGAUGAAGUGGAGAUGGUUCAUAUUUUUCUCAUCAUCCUAAGAGCUUUGCAGCUUCUGAGCCGACUGGUUCUCUCCCUACAGCCCAUCCCCUUAAAGGAUCCACCAGCCAAGAGCAAAAGCACUAACAAGUCUUCCAGUAGGGUCUCCAAAAAGAGCAAUCCAUCUCCAAAGGGGAAUAAAAAGAACCCCAAACAAAAAAGAGAGAAAAAUGUGAAACAAGAGGUGACUUUAUCAGGAGAAAGUGGCGAGGAAGAGAAGCAGAAACUCACAGACAGCAGUGGGUCUAGGAAAAGAGCCCUUGGAAAGAAGGGCAAGAAAGCAGUGAAGGUUGAGAACGAUGAGGAGACCAAGACAGGGAAAACCCCGAAAAAACUACUCAGGAGGAAGGCAGCUUCCAAAGUGACCUACAAGGAAGAGAGCAAAAGUGGCCCCGGGAGUAGUGAUUCUGACUUUUCUUGCUCUGACGAUGAUGACAGUGAUUUCUCAGACUGGGAGGACUCAUCAUUUGAGCGAAAGGUGAAAAAGGUCUCAGGACUGAUAAACGAAAAGCCAGAAAAAGGUGCUCAGUCCUCAAAAAGAAGUCCUGCAACCCCUGGGCGAACAAAAUCAAAAGGCUCCCCUAAAAAUAACAGCACUCAGCCCAACAGGAGAGGCAAAAUUAUAUCUACAGAUGACGAGGAAGAGGAAAUAGUCCAAGUAAGCAAUGGCUCGGACCAGUGGGCAGAGGUGUAUUUGGUGAGCGAGGAAAAGUGGGUGAGUGUGGAUUGUGUACAUGGGACGGUGGGGAAACCUCAGUUGUGCUUCAAGACUGCCUCAAAACCAGUGACGUAUGUGGUUGGGAUCGAUAAUGCUGGUUAUGUGAAGGAUGUAACAAGGAGGUACGAUCCUGAGUGGAUGACAAGCACCAGGAAACGUCGCGUUGAUGAAGACUGGUGGGAGGAAACGUUGAGACCCUACAGCAACCCCAACACCGAGCAACAAGACAGAGAGGAUGCAGAGUUUGAGGCUAAAAUGCUGGACAAGCCGCUGCCGACAUCCAUCACAGAAUUCAAAAAUCACCCUUUGUAUGCCUUGAAGAGGCACCUACUGAAGUACGAGGCCAUCUACCCAGAGACAUCAGCCAUCCUGGGCUACUGCAGAGGGGAAGCUGUGUACUCCAGGUCCUGCGUUCACAUUCUGCACUCAAGAGACACUUGGUUGAAAGAAGCCCGUGUUGUGAGGCUCGGGGAGGUUCCAUACAAGAUGGUGAAAGGACAGUCAAACCGUGCAAGGAAAGCCCGUCUGGCUGAUCCUGAGAAAAGGGAUAACCCGGACCUUGCUUUGUUUGGACUUUGGCAGACAGAAGAUUACCAGCCUCCGGUUUCUGUAGAUGGGAAGGUUCCACGUAAUGAGUUCGGAAACGUGUAUCUCUUUAAACCCAGCAUGUUGCCUAUUGGCUGUGCCCACCUGCGUGUACCAAACCUCCACCGUGUGGCUAGGAAGCUGAACAUAGAUUGUGUCCCAGCAAUAACCGGCUUUGACUUUCACUGCGGCUUCUCACAUCCUGUAACUGAUGGAUAUAUAGUCUGUGAGGAGCAUAAGGACAUCCUUCUGGCUGCCUGGGACAACGAUCAGGCAGAGAUGGAGAGGAAGCAGAAAGAGAAGAGGGAAAAACGUGCCAUGGGUAACUGGAAGCUGCUGAUAAAGGGGCUUCUCAUCAGAGAGCGUCUCAAAGCACGUUAUGGGAAGAAGGAGACAGACCACCCUUGCGCAACUGCAGCGGAUGGAGGAUUUUCUUCCGAUGAAGAAGAGGUUCCAACAGAGAGUCUGGCUGAGGAUGUCUCGGUGUCCUGGCCCCAAAACCGCCAGACUGAAGAGGCAAAAACAGCAAAACCGAAAAGCAAGAGAGAAAAGAAAGGCGAAGCCAAGAAUUUGUUCCCCUUUGAAAAGAAGUGACAUUUGUUUUUAAAACACAGACAUUUGCUGCCUUAACCAUCCCAAAGGAACUGUGGAAGACCUUUCUCUUCCUACCAUUAGUUAAAAGUGGAACCACUUUUCAAUCUGUUGCUGCUGCCGCCAUUCUGGGAUUGUACUGGUUAGAAGUUUAGAUAAGUUAUAGUACAUUAGAGAGAAAACAUUUUUUGUACUUUUAAUUUCUAAUAAAAUGAUAUAAAAAGUA